AUGGUGCCUUCAAGCUUCAAGAGCACCGUCACAAUCACACAUAUCGGUACUGCGACGGCUAUCAUUGACAUAGAUGGCGUUAAACUUCUCACCGACCCUUACUUCAGCCCAGCUGGUACGCAAUACGACGUCGGCGUUACCGUGCUCAAGGUUUCUGAUGACCCAGCCUUGAGCCUGGCUGAUCUCCCCCACAUCGACGGCGUUCUCCUCAGCCAUGAGAAUCAUGAUGACAACUUGGAUAUCCUGGGCCGUCGUAUCCUUGAUGGGCGUCACGUUUUUACAACCAAAGACGGCGCGAAAAAUCUUGCUCCUCGUCCCGACAUCCGUGGGAUCGGCCCUUGGGAGUCGGUGGCCUUGGUACUUGGGGGUAAAGAAUUUACCGUGACCGGAACCCCAUGCAGACAUAUUCCUGGUCAAGAAUGCACUGGCUUCAUCAUCACUUCAACGAGCUUCGGUGUCAGUUCCGAUGGCCGCCCAAACGCUGUCUGGUUUUCUGGUGAUACUGUCUACUUUGAUGAACUGAAGGAAAUUCGGCAGCACUGGCAUGUCACAGCCGCUAUCCUUAACCUUGGUUAUGCGCAUGCUCCUGGAGAGAUUCUUCAAAUCACCCAGCCAGGCACCGGUAGUGCAGAUGGGCCUAUCCAGAUUACUAUGGAUGGUAAGGAAGGUGCUCGUAUAUUUCGUGAAUUAGAGGCAGAUAUUCUGGUGCCUAUGCACUUUGACUCUUGGGAUCAUUUCAAGCAACAUGGGAAGGAGUUGAGGUUGGUGAUGGAAGCCGAGGGCCUGAGCGACAAGAUAUGCUGGUUGGCUCCUGGGGUCCCUAAAAGAGUUAUUUAA